AUGCCUCCUCCCGAGUCCCGACCCCUCCUCCUUCCCCAGAACCGCAAACUCCGCCACCUCCACGGCAUCUACCUCCGAAACCUGAGCUUCGUUCGACCUCGGGGACAUACCAUUGAUGACACCGCUCUGAACAAGUCAUCGUCCAAGUUUGAAGCCUUCCGCGAUGCCCCUCAGCUCCACCAUGCCCUCUCUAGCGACAACCUCCGGCCCAAGGCGCCGCGCCGCCGCAGCACUGCUCUCGCCCAGGCGACCCCGGUGACGAGACAGCGCAUGUUGCAAUUCACCAUCGACGGUAGGGCCGCCGACGUCUUCUUUUCGCUGCACUGCGAAGACGAGGACGAGCCUGUAUACAUCAGCGAGAUGAAGGAGCAUGCGACUAACUUCAACUUCCAAUUCUUCGACCUCAAUCACCACGGCCCCUCUGUCACUCGGUCGCCGGUUGUCACGAUCAAGAUCUGGGCUAAUCGAACAUCAUGGACCCUCCUACUUGAAGACACAAUCGACCUUCGGAGCCUGCACUUUAUCGGCACCCUUCAAAACCGCAAGUUUCCUCCGAAUGGGCUCAUCUUCCAUCUUGCCGACGGAAUCUACUCGCUCGACGUCCCCAGAAAGCCAACCAGCCCGAAAGAUCUCCCGCCGCUCCACACGUCGUCCUAUAAUGCGCUCAUGAAACUCGCAACGCUAGACACGUCGAUUCAGGACGCCAUCGCGACACAGGAGCAACUUACGGCUCAGAUUAACGACAUUCUCGAAAAGUCGCCCCACAACGAGACCCCCGCCGCCGAGGAAAAGGUGAAGCUGGCCAACAAGUAUGUGGCGUACGAGCUACGGUCUUUAAAGGCAGCCGAAAAGCGGCGUGAAGAGCUGCGUGAAUCUCUCAAGUCGCGCAGAGAGGCCAUCACCCAAGGCCGUGCUUUGCAGAACAAGCUCGCCAAGGACGUAGUCGAUGCGACGGAGCACCUAGCAGCCUCGAAAGCGGUCCUCGCUAAGACAAAGGAACAGAUACGCGGCCAGCGCCGUCGCAUCUGCGCUGACCUUGGCAACAUCUACCAAAUAACGCCGUGCCCCUCGGGCACCCCGCUCUCCUUCCAGAUCGUGGGCCUUGCCCUCCCAAACACGACGUACGACACUGCUACUUCUCGCGGCCCCGACGAUGACCUCUUGUCCGGCGCCCUGGGCCAUGUUGCUGCGUUGACGAACGCCUUGCAGUAUUACCUCUCUGUGCCCCUGCCGUACCCCGUCACGCCUUUCGGCUCGCGCUCGUCCAUUCGUGAUGACAUAUCCCUCCUUACGGACCUCAACUCGGUACAAGCAGCUCGCCAGCGCGACUUCCCUCUGUACCUUCCUCGAGGUGGUUCCACCGCAGCGCAGUAUCGAUUUGACUACGGCUGGUUCAUCCUCAACAAGGACAUCGAGGCCCUCUGCGCAAGCCAGGGCCUCAAGGUUGUGGACAUCCGUCACACCCUACCGAACCUCAAGUAUCUCCUCUACGUCUGCAGUGCAGGAAGCGACGAAGUUCCUGAACGCAAACGGGGCGGCGUUCGCGGUCUCUGGGCUGGACGUCUAAAGGGCCGCAUCUCUUCGGCUGCUGUGGGCGACGGAGAUACGAGCAGUGUCGGCGGUAGUCGCCGCGGUAGCACCGACAGCGAGGUGCUUAGCCGACAGCGCGACGAGCUCCGGAGAGCGAUGACUGUCCGCGAGGGGGCUGAGUCCCCCGUGGACAACGACCACAACGGCAAUGGCGGAUCCGCGGGGCUGCCCUUCGACGAGGUGAAGGUCUCGCUGAGAACAAAGGGCAUGAGAGAGAGCGCAGGAAGGUGA